UCCAGCCCCUUUGUAUAUUUAAAGAAAUUACUUAAAGAAGAUAUAUAUAGAUAUACAGAAAUGGGAAGAGCUCCUUGCUGUGAUAAGAAUGGUCUCAAGAAAGGUCCAUGGACUCCUGAGGAAGAUCAUAAGCUCAUUUCUUACAUUCAACUUCAUGGACCUGGCAACUGGCGUACCCUCCCCAAGAAUGCUGGGCUCCAAAGAUGUGGAAAGAGCUGUCGUCUUCGAUGGACAAACUACCUGCGACCUGAUAUCAAGAGAGGAAGGUUCUCCUUCGAAGAAGAAGAGUCUAUUAUCCAACUCCAUAGUAUUAUGGGGAACAAGUGGUCGGCCAUAGCUGCUCGCUUGCCAGGAAGAACUGAUAAUGAAAUCAAGAAUUAUUGGAACACCCACAUAAGAAAAAGACUCCUCAGAAAUGGAAUCGAUCCUGUUACUCAUGCUCCACGUCUCGAUCUUCUUGAUCUAUCCUCCAUUAUCGGCUCAGCUUUGUGUAACUCAUCGCUUCUCAAUCUGUCAAGCUUGCUAGGCACUCAAACAAUUCUAAAUCCAGACAUUUUAAGGCUGGCCUCUACCCUAUCCUCACUAAAACAAGAAAACCCAGAUUUGUUUUUGAACCAUUUACAGGACAACCAAUUAUUUAACAGCUUGCUACAGCAAAACCAACCACAACUUAAUAAUAAUUUUCAAGAAUCUCUUUCUGCUCCAUUAUUAAGUCAAACCCAGUUCUUGGAAAGCAACAAUCAAGAAGGACUUUCAUGCCAAGAAAACUUGUUAAUUCCUUCCAGUUUGAGUAAUAGUUUGGUUUCGCAGCCAAAUUUGGUUUAUGCCAAUACAGAUUCUCCGAUUACCGAUAAACUUCAAGAGAACUCAGGAUUUCAAGCAGUAAACAAUGGGUAUCAGAAUUAUGGCAUGGAAUCGGUUAUGUCAACGCCAUUAUCAAGCCCAGCUCCCUUGCAUUCGUCAUCCACAUUCGUCAAUGGCAGCAGCACGGAGGAUGAGAGAGAAAGCUAUUGCAGCAGCUUGUUCAAGUUUGAAAUUCCAGCGAGUUUGGACAUUGAUGAUUUCUUGUAAAUUAGUAAUUGUAUGCAAAUACAGGAAACAUAGACUAAGUUUUGCUGUUAUUUCAUGUUUUAUAUUUUCACACACAUAUAUAUAUAUUAGGCUUUGGGGUCGUGGAUUUGCAGGUAAUGUUCAUAUUUAUGUGAAUUUAAAA